AUGAAAGCAGUUGCCUCCACAUAUCACCAGUGCCUUAAAUUUCCAACUCCAGACGGCAUCUACACUCUCCGAGGUAACCAAGCCAUCGCUCGAUCAUGCUACAUCAACGAGUGCAAGCUUCGCUCAGCGAAUCAAGCUUGCGUCAUCAGCUCGCAAGGCCCGACUGCCGACCUCGUUGUCCAAAAAACAAAACCUAAGCAAGAGUCGAUUACUCAAGUCUGCAUCGACGAACUAAGGCCAGAACGCCAGGUCGGCAUCGGCGCCGAACUCGAUCCAAAGAUCCGUGACACCCUCGUUCACUUCCUGAAGCAACACUCAUCUACCUUUGCAUGGUCGGUCGAGGACAUGCCCGGGAUCGAUCCACAAAUCGCUCGUCACAAACUCAACAUCGACCCGACAUACACACCGAUCAAACAGAAGCGCCGAAAACUCGGACCAGAGAAGGCACAAGCCGUCAAUGAUGAGGUCGAACGACUACUAAAAGCAGGCUCAAUCACCGAAGUCAAAUACUCCGACUGGUUGACAAAUCCUGUGGUCGUUAAAAAGAAGAACGGCAAAUGGAGAAUUUGUGUCGACUUCACCGACCUCAAUAAAGCGUGUCCCAAAGACAGCUUUCUUUUGCCUCACAUCGAUUGCCUCGUCGAAGCAACCGCAGGGAACGAACUCCUCUUCUUCAUGGACGCAUUCUUCGGAUACAACCAGAUUCUCAUGCAUCCUCAAGACCGGAAAAAACAUCGUUUAUCACGGAUCGCGGCAUAUAUUCCUACAAGGUUAUGCCCUUCGGUUUGA